AUGUUGGCCUUUUUUCGUAGUAUACUUGACUGGAUAAAAAGUCUUUUCUGGAAGGAAGAGAUGGAGCUUACGCUGGUUGGCCUGCAGUACUCGGGAAAGACAACCUUUGUCAAUGUUAUCGCAGUAAGUGAAAUAUACAGUUACUAAAUGCAAGCUAUUGUAAGGGACUUGCGUUUUAUUCGAGUUGUUAUCCUUGUAAUUACUCUUUCGUUCCUUAAUUUAGUUCUUUCUCACUGUAUGUAAACAUUAUCCUAAAUUCGUCUUCAUUUCGCGCCCUAUUUGGAAAUGUGCCUAUGCGUAAUAUUACAAUUUGUCGUUGGUACUAUACCGAGUCCAAGGGGGGAAAUUAGCCUUAAUCAAAUAAAUGACACAUCAUAAUACCUUGGAAUUCGUUAAAAAAUUCUUUUUUAUAUGGUUAAUAUAGGCCGAAAUUUACAUUUACAUUUUUACACCUUGGUCGUGAAUAUUUAGGAUAAGUUCAGGCCUGUGCUUGUUUACCAUGACAGAAAAGUAUACCUCUUGUACAUCGUAAAACGGAUUCUGCGUUUAUCUGCAACAUAAACUCUUUUCUGUAACAAAAUGCUAGUACUUCAAACUUCCUCUUGUCAAAAUUAAGCUUGUCACCUACCCUUACUGAAGUUUAUUUUUAAGUAAGUUUUUACUUGUCAGACAUUCCAGUUCAUCAUUUUCUUUAAAAAGUAAUAAAUGAAUCACAUGAUAAGCUUGAUAGAAAUUGGACCCCAGUUUUAAAUAAGCACCCUUCUUGAAUAUACACCCUAUCCCAAGGUAGGAAAAAAAUUAGUAAGCACUCAGGGAGCUUCUUUGAAUUAUUACAGUGGGUAUCGUUUAUAGCAGGGUUCUCAUAAGGAUGCUGAGUGUUUAGUGAAUCUAGAGAUUAGCAGCUGUGAGAGAUGUAGAAGAAAAGAAGAGUAAAGGUUAUAGAAUACAAAUUUAGCAGCAAUUAAUCAUUAGUUAACAGAAUUCAUGGAGUACCCUGAUUCCAGGUGGACAAGGACCUCUCCUCUGCCUCAUGAUUACUAAACUGAGAUGAUUUCUAGUGGUAAUAAUUGUGCAAACUGAUGAUUUUCUUAAUUCCCCUUUCCUGCCUGUCUGAUAUCACACUCAAAUUGCUGGGGGAGUUUGAGUGUUAAUCACUCCAUUGGAGUGAAGGAAAUUGAGACUACACUACUGAUAUAAUACUGUGUUUUGACUCAAGAUUUUAUUUUAUUUUUCUCUCAUGUGAUCCCUAUGAUCUCAGAUAAUGUUCAUGUCACAAGUCAAAUAAUUACUUGGUUGAUGGGAAAGCUCAUCAUCAAGUUUCCUGUAGCUAAGUGGAAGAGGAUUUGGACAUAGCUGCCUAAAAUCUGAAGGCCUGGGUUUUAAUUUCAUGUUGGGUUCUCGGAGUUUUUGACAAACAAGUUACCUCUUUAUUCAAAGACAGUUACCUAUUUAUUCAAGUUUAGAAUUUACCAUUUUUCCUGUUCUGUGUACUCACUACAAUAACUUUUUGCAAUACAGUCAGGUCAGUUUAGUGAAGACAUGAUUCCAACAGUUGGAUUCAAUAUGAGAAAAGUCACCAAGGGUAACGUAACAAUAAAGGUAAGUUGAAAGAUGACAUAUUCUUGCAGUGUUUCUUCUUUGUUAUUUGCAUUGUGAAUUUCAUCCAGGUGUAUAGACAUUUUUUUACAUCUUUUAACCCUUUCACUCCCACAAGUGACCAAGACAGAAUUUCUCCUUACAAUAUCACUACAAUAUCAAGCAGGCAGGUGAUGAAAAUAGAGAAGAAUAUCAAUCUUGGGAUUAUUAGUGGAUCCAAUACCAAAUUCUCUGAACUAACGUCAUAAGAAUUGUAUGGCAGAUAGUAAGGAGAAUUACUAAUUAGAUCUUGGGAGUGAAAGGGUUAAGUCCAACUUCAACUUAAACCCUUUAACCCCUAAGAGUGAUUAACAUAUAAUUUCUCCUGACAAUACCACCCCUGAAUCAAACAUUAACCCGUUAACUCCCAUGAGUGACCAAGAUAGAAUUUCUCCUUACAAUAUCAACACAAUAUCAAGCGGGCAAGUGAUGAGAAUAAAGAAAAAUAUCAAUUUGGGGAUUUUAUGCUGAUCCAAUGCCAAAUUCUUCAAACUCAUUUCACAAGAACUGUAUGGCAGACAGUUAGGAGAAUUGCCAAUGAGAUCUUAGGAGUUCAAGGGUUAAGGUCACAAGAAUGAUAGAAAUGAUCACCAACUAAGGAAGCUCUUUUUUUUUUUAAACAAAUUCUCCUUGUCACCACCACAACAGUAUGGAGAGUAUGACGUUAGAGGGUUAAGUCAUUUUGUAAUAAUAUUUUCUUACAUGGCAAGUAAUUUAAUUCUAUUUCUGCAUUUUCAGCAGAUAACUUCCAUAUUUUAGAUCAUGCCUCUACCGGCUUUCGACUUAAGAUAAAAGAGGCUAUUUAUAUUCAAAGAGAAUAAUCAUCCUUGAAUCAGCAAUUACACCAUGUAAAUCUAAAACUAUCCUUUUAAUUCUCACACUUUCAUGCUUUACCUCUUUUCUUGUUGUCACUAUUUAUCAUAAUUAGCAUUGCUCUGUUUACUAUAUACUUUAACUUUCAACACUUUGUACAGUUAUUAACUGAGGAUGACAGAAGUUUCUGUCGAAACAUGUUUUACAGACUCAAAAGUUUUGUCACUUUCUUUAAAUUCUAUUUCAAUGAAAAAACUAGUUUUAAUGCACAGAUUUGUUAAUAUGGUAUCUGUCAUUUAACCCUUCAACUCUCAGAAGUGAUCAACAUGAAACUUCUCCCUAUAAUAUCUUUACAUUAUCCAGCAAACAGGUACAGUAAUGAGAAUAUUCAAACUUAUCAGGUAGAAGUUGUUAUCUUGAACUUACAUCAAAUUCUCAAAACUAAUUUACAAGAAUAAGUGUAACAGCUAUAGGAGAGAAUUGACAAUGAGAUCUUGGAAGUUAAAAGGUUAAUUGUUGCCUUACUUUAAUUGUUAUGUGUAAGUGAAAUGAUUUUUGACAGAUUCAUUACAAGUCAUACAAAAUUUUAGAUGGUUGUGGUUUUCUCCUUAGUGAACACUAAGUACAAGUACUGAGUAACAAAUUCUUGAGUCUUUACCAUCCAUUUUUAUUCCUUCUUUAAUACAGACCACUAACUUAAGACUGGUGCUAAUUCUUAACCCUUAACACCUCAUAUCAGUAUGCAUAUUCUCCAUACUGUUUCCUAUACUUCUCCUAAGGUGCUGACAAGGAGAAUUUGUUUAUCAAUCUAGAUAAUAUUUAGUUAGUGAUCAUUUCCUUUAUUCUUAUGACCUUACUGUGUGAUGCAUGGGUUAUACUUUUGGAAGAAAUUAGAUGCUAGUCACUCUCAUGGGUUAAAGGGUUAAACUUUUGUUUUCUGGUGUGUUUAUCCCACCUGGCAACUAGAUCUUAUGUAACCAAGUUAUUGUUGAUCAUUUUAGCUUUUUUUUUUCCACAGGUCUGGGAUAUUGGAGGGCAACCUCGCUUUAGGAGCAUGUGGGAACGAUACUGUAGAGGAGUGAACUGCAUUGUGUGAGUAUUGAUGAAGCUUAAGGAUGUAAAGCUGCAUUCAAAUGGUCUGUUAAGGUUGAUUUAUGGAAAAAACUAUGCUAACUAAUUUUCAAGAAAAAGUUUGCAGCCAAACAGAGGGGAAGAUGCUAGUGUAGAUUAGACUAGAUUUCUGUGUGUGGUCUGCCUUUUUACACAAAGGAUUGUCAAGAACAAUGCAAGAGACUCCAAAAUUUGUAGUUAAGUGGAAACUGUGGUAACAGGAGGGGAAGUGACCCUUGAUGGCUUAAUUACAUUUAUCUACUGAAAUGUCAUUGUGAAAUGAAAUGUUAUUUUGGUUAUGCAGGGCCUAAAAAUGGUAGAAACAGCAACAUGAUGUAAAUUGUUAAAUUUUCCACAUAAUGUGUGUCAGCAACAAAAUGAAUACCAAUUGAAAUUAUAGUAAUUAAUGCAGAGUUUUUCUCCAGGUAUAUGGUUGAUGCUGCAGAUCAUGAAAAGCUAGAAGCUUCAAGAAAUGAACUUCAUGGGCUUUUAGAAAAACCACAAUUAGCAGGCAUUCCAGUAAGUAAUACCUUAGACUCUCUUUUGUGAGAGAUAGGGUAGCAUGAUGACAAGUAGGUUGGUACUCUGUGUCAAGGAGUAUAAUAGUCAUGAUAUAGACCUAUUGAAACUGAUAAAAUAGUUUUAAAUAAACCUGCAACACACUAACAUCCCAUCCAAGCUUCGGUAGUUUAAAAGGUAGAUGACUGUAUUCAGUGAAAAGCUGAGUGUCUGGUGGAUGGUCCAGAUUUGUUUUUAUCAAAGAUACUUGCCUGUGGAAUAUCCAUUUAUCUGCUGGUGAGGAUUUUCAAUCCUUAGAACGACUGCUACUGCUACCAUCUGAGAAGUAGCUAUUUUAUGUAAUGUAACAUGGUUACUGGCUUGUAAAAUUUAUAUCAUAUUGUUUCUUACUACUUUUUCAGGUCUUAGUUUUGGGAAAUAAAAAGGAUCUUCCCAAUGCGCUAGACGAAAAAGAACUAGUGGAGAGACUGUAAGUAGAAAAUGUCAGAAAGUGACUCUUAACCCUCUCACUCCUACGAUCUCUUUAGUAAUUCUCUCUAUGUUCUGCCAUAAAAAUUCUUAUUGUGUUAGUUUGGAGAAUUUGGUUUUCACCUAAUUAUCCCAAAAAUUUAUGUUUUUUGUGAUUCUCAUCAUUUGUCUGCUUUAUAUCAUAUUGAUAUUGUAAGGAGUUAUUAUCUUUUGGUCACUCAUGGGAGUUAAAGGGUUAAAAUGUAGCCCCUUCCCCCCAUCCUUCAAAAGAGAUAUAUGGUAGUGUGUUUGCAUCUUUAAAAUGUCUUUUUUUUUUAAAGAAAUUCAUUUUCCUAGUUUGUCAGUUUUAAUUGUUAUUAACCAUCCUUGUCUCUUUCAUACUUCUUGUCUUGCCCAACAACAAUUUUUUAUUCCUCAAGUUGAAGGUAGCUUUGAUUGUUGCCUAUCAAUAAGUAACUUAAAUUAAUGUGGUGCACCUUUACCAAGAGCCAUUUGUAUUGUACAUGAUUUAAUUCCUAUGUCUCUAAAUUUACUUUCUGACAGUAACUUGGCAUCAAUUCAAGAUCGAGAAAUCUGUUGCUACUCCAUUUCAUGUAAAGAGAAAGAGAACAUUGGUAAGUAAUCAGUAAUGUAGUUUCAACUUUAUGAACUUUUCCUUUUUGCAUCCUCUAUGAACAAUGGUAGUAGAACUGAGUGGAGUUCAAUUUGGUCUGUAAUUAUGAGUGAUUAACAGAAUUGGAUUACCUCAAAGCAGGAGUUCCAUUUGUUAAUCACCCAUAUGAUUACAGACAAAAUUGGACUACCCAAAGCCCUGUUACCAAUUAAUCAAAACUAUGAAAAAAUUUGAGAAAGAAACUAAGCAAUAAUUAAGUUUUCACAACAAAAUAACAGUUCACUUGGCAAAAUGUGCGACAACAACAGGCACUCAUGACCCAUACUGUCCAAUUAAACAGCUAUGACAUGUCGGCUGUCCUAUCACACUGUCCAGUCACAAGCAUGAUGCACACAUUGCCCUAUUAGUGCUCAAAUUGGGCUGGGGACAACCAAUCAGGCUUGAAAAUUUUGUCAUAGUUUUGAUUUACAUUUAACUUAUAUUUCUGUUUCUGAAUCACAGAUAUCACUCUGCAGUGGUUAAUCCAACAUUCAAAGUCACGUGGUUGAAGUAAUUGUUGAUUCAUUCAGAUUCCUUGUAAAGAGGACAAAGGCUUGGUGCAUUUGGCAGAAUGAAUGGGAUCAGAGUGGCCAUUUGCAAUCAAAUUUAUAGAACUUAAAGAAACUACAUGAUGCCCUUUUUCUAUUAAUAAACUAUAGUGAGUGCUUAAAGCCAUCAACUUGUUUUAAAUCCUAUAAUAUGACGUACCCGUAGUUACCUUUCAACUCCCAGAAGUGAUUAACAUGUAACUUCUCCCUAUUUUUACACAUACUUUAUCCUGCAAACAGGUAAUGAGAAGACUCAAACUUAUUAAGUAGAAGUUGUUAUCUUGAUCUAACACCAAAUUCCCAUGACUAAUUUACAAGGUAAAGUGUAGCAGCUAGAGGAGAGAAUUAACAGUCAGAUCUUGGAGUGAAAGGGUUCAUUAGAGAGUCCAACCGCUAUUUUCUGUAUGAACUUUUAAAAAAAAAAAAAAAAAUACACAUAACCAAUCAUUUUUGUGAAGAGUUGCAUUUGUCUGUCAAGAGUUGUGGGCUGGGUCUUUAAAAAGAACAGACAAUGUGAUCCAUAGCAAUGAGGCAGAGAAAUGUUGAAGGGUUUACCUUGCAACUGUUGAAAGAAAGUGUAAAUUGUGUUAACACCUUAGGAAAGAGUCAACUAAUUUAUGUGCUUUACUGUGAAUGCACUGUAUGAUUGUUUUCUGUUUUGUUUUUUUUUUUUUUGGUUGUUGUUGUCGAUAAUUAAAUCACAACCUUGCCAGUCAGAACGAAGCUUGAUUACUUUUGGCAAAUUAAUAUUUGUUUUUCUCAAAAUGUGCUCCAGUGAAAGUUGCUGUGGAACAUUGCUUGACUAGUCUAGAAAGUGUUUUCUUCAAAGAUCGUAAAAAUAUUAAAUGAUAACAGUUUGUUUGGUGUCAUUGUACCAUGUUGCAAUCCUCUGAUUUUUGUAAAUGUUGCCUUUUUCAUAGACAGGUUGAAUUCAGUUAUUCCAAACGUGAUUUAGUAAGGUCUAAUUUGGUGUUUUUUUUUUAUUUUUUUACAAUAACUCUUUGAUGACUCAGUGGAUCAAAGUUUCACAACUACAAAACUACUGAUGAAGACAGCAUUUCUCCUUACUAUGUUGAUACAAUAUCAAACAGUCAAUUAAUGAGAAUAAAGAAAAAAUAUCAGUA